UGUUUGGAAUCGCGGAGUGAGAAAUUUCUCUGUGCUGCUUAGGGACUAACAAUGGACACCCAGAAAGACGUUCAGCCACCAAAGCAGCAGCCAAUGAUAUAUAUCUGUGGAGAAUGUCACACAGAAAAUGAAAUAAAAUCCAGGGAUCCGAUCAGAUGCAGAGAGUGUGGGUACAGAAUAAUGUACAAGAAAAGGACUAAAAGAUUGGUGGUUUUUGAUGCCAGAUGAAACCUGUGAAUUCAGAGGAUUGUCUUCAUUUAUACUUGGAUUUGCCCAUUAAUGUUUCUCAUUGUUGUAUAGCUUUUGGUUUGACAUACGGUAAUGCUCCCC